AUUGGGCCAGAGGGAGCCGGUUACCAGCAGGCAAUCAAAGCGCUCUUGGCCUUGAAAUCAAGGAGUGACUACGAACACACACUGGAGAGUGUGUGUCCACUGGAUCCCUGAUUUCGAGGCCUAUUUUCAUCAGUUGCUGUCCGACGCCAUGGACAGGAGCGCACAAUAUGUGCUAAACAGCUUGGGUAUCCAAUCAUACGCAAUUACAAUUGUUCUAAGAGCUUCAUUGCUGUCAAGGCAUUGGUUGGAUGGAAGAAGGUCGGAGUAGAUAAACUUGUUUACCUACUUUACCAACUCCAAUCCAAUGCCUUAAGGGAUAUGCUGUGGGGCUACUGUAACCUAGGGAAUAUCCACUUUACCCCCUAG